AUGCAUCGUCAUCAUCGACACUCCGCUCGCCAUGCCACGCAUGCCCCUCCGCGUCGACCGGAAGUCGUUCCUCGGAACCGAAUUCCAACUCUGGUACCAUCCGAUGGCCCGACUCUGAUCCCGUCUGAUAUCCCAACCCUUGUGAGAAGAUCGGAUACUACUACCACCUGUGGAUCGGGAUCAUCUGAUUGUGAGAAACCGACGAGUACGACCUCAACAACCACUCUGCCUGUUGUGCUGGGCGCUGUAGUCCCCAUCGUAUGUGCUAUCGUUGUUCUGAUAUACUUGCACCGGAGAAACGUGAGAAAGCUUCGGAAUGAGGAUGCCAAUGACAAACAUAAAUCCCUCGAUUUUGGCAUGGACAUUGUGGAUCCGAAAUCAGGAUCUCGACCGAUGCAACAAACUGAACGGAGUAAUCACAUGAAGGGAGUGUCUCUGGAUAUAGGGCAUCCUUACCUCCUCCCACCGGGUCUGCAUGACUCGCGCGAUUCCUUGCAUUCUAUGUCUAGAUCGAUUGGCGAAGACAACAAGCUUCGCCAUCAGAACCCGUUCGUAUCUAAUGACAGCAUGUCAGUCCGGUCCCAACAAAGAGGGUUUCACGACGAUACGGCUAGCUUGGCAGGCUCGAGUCGUUUUGCUUUGGGUGAUGAUAUGAACGCCGGUCUUUUGGGGAACGCCCAAAGAGUUUCCCGUUCUUCCCCGCCGAUUUAUACUCCCCCAGCCGAACGCAAUGUCAGCAAUCCAGCCGAGAAAAAACAGGAGCCAUAUGCCGGCUUGCAGUUGGAUUUGCCAAGGAGUAUCAGUCCCAGUUUCGCCUCAGCGGUUAGUGGAAACGAUGAACGGCACUCGGCGGCAAGUCGGGCCAGUACAGAUCCUCUUAGUCCUUCGAAACAUCGCCAGAGUGGCCCGAGUUUCCCCCUGCAAGAUCAUUCGUUAUCGCACCCUGAAUCACAUCCCGAUCCUACGCAGACCUCGUCUAUUCCAACACCCAGAAUUUCUCUUCCAUUAAGUGAUGCGGCGAGUGAUUACGGCGAUGCAAGACAAUCGAUGGUCCCAGCCGUCAACAUACAUGGCAUGGAAGAUACCCAUGACCACGAUGAAACCCCUAGUCACGUUGCCACGAUUCCGAUCCCUGAAGAACCGCCCCAUGAACCAACCCGUACCCUCGACCCCCGUCGUGAUACUCGUCGGAUGACACUAGGAUUGCGUCCUUUGCCCCCAGAAGACCCAUCUGACAACCCAGAGCAACGUGCCAAUCGGAUCCGAUCGUUUUACAAGGAGUACUUUGAAGAAACCAAGGCCGGCGGAGGCAGAGAAACAAUCUACGAAGAUUACGGCCCUGAAUAUUACCCCGACGGUUACUUUGACCCCGCCACAGGGGACUACUAUAGUGAUGUCCCCCUGCCAUUUGCUGAGCCUGUGAACCGCCGUGCGAUGACUCCCCCACCUCGUGCACCUCCACGAUUCCAAGGAGCCGGGCAUAUGGCAAACAACUCCGUUAGCGGUCUGAGCGGUUUCAGCUCCCCUCGAGCAUUUUCCUCGGCAUCUAAUCACUUGCCGCCUCCUCGGGCACCGAGAAAGCCGAUGCCUCCUCCAGCACCGUUAAAUGUUCUUCCUAGCCCCCACUUGCUGAAGGACGAUGCCUUUAUGAAUGCUGCCGACUAUGCCCCCGGGAAGAACUUCAAGGAUCAAAGGGAAGGCCGUCCCGAAACCCCUCUUGGUGGAGUGCAACCCUUCAGUCCAAUGGCACGAGCCCAUACUCCAUUGGCCUCAGCCUUCGAUGAUCUUUCCAUUAUGCCGAGCCCACACGCAUUGCGCAAAUCUGGAGCGUACUCGAAUCUGGACUUUGCACCCCCACCCCGAUUCAAGAACACGGAGACCGCAAGCGACUCUGGCAGUAUUCGCAGCGUUGGAACCGGAAUUUCGACCACUCAUCUAAACAACAUCCGCACUGGUGCGUAUCGGGUCAGCCGGCUGCCCGCAGACACUGUGGGCACCAAGGAUGACUUGAUGGCCAGCCUUCGACCCGCCUGGGACAUGCGGAAGUGA